UUAAAAUUACUCAAUUGUUUUAUUAUUUAUCUGAUUUACCACAGUGGAAUGUAAACCCUUUGAGAGAAAGGCCUUUUUCCGUUUCGUUCACGGUUUAACAUUCAAAGCAAACCGGGAUUCGAAACUGAGCAGUCUGGCUUCAAAAUCCUCGCUUUUGGCCACUACAUAAUGCUGCCAUUUGGUGAAUAAAACAAAGGAAGGGUUUCGCAUACAGUGGGGGAAGCAAGAGGGCAAAAAAAGAUAAUGCAUUCCGGGAAGAGAGCAGGUGGAACACAUCCAUACACACACGCACUGCGCCCCGCGUCACCUUUCUCUCCGGAAGCGCUCGCAGCUGUCCAGCACUAGCGCGCACGCGCGGCCGCCGGGGUCGCACUAGGCUGCGAGAGGAGGGCGGGGCGUGGAGGAAGGUCCCGCCUCCAGGGCCGAAAGGCGCCUGCGUCCGCUGGGCUCCGUUCUGGACGCGCAUUCUCGCUUCCUCCUUUCCCGGCCUGUGCGCACCGAGUGGGCGUGGGAGGAGGCGGGGAACAGAGGAGGGGAGCGAGGGGUGGGUGUCGCGGGAGGGAAGGAGCUAACCGGAGAGCGUCGUCCUGAGAGGAGUGAGGGAGGCAAAAUGGCGGAUCGCUUCUCCCGCUUCAACGAGGACCGAGACUUUCAGGGUAAUCACUUUGAUCAGUAUGAAGAAGGACAUUUGGAAAUUGAACAAGCGUCACUUGACAAGCCUAUAGAAUCGGAUAAUAUUGGACAUCGCUUACUCCAGAAACAUGGGUGGAAGCUGGGCCAGGGAUUGGGAAAAUCUCUUCAGGGGAGAACAGAUCCCAUUCCAAUUGUUGUCAAGUAUGAUGUCAUGGGCAUGGGUCGCAUGGAAAUGGAGCUUGAUUAUGCCGAAGAUGCUACCGAACGGCGCCGUGUCCUAGAAGUGGAAAAAGAAGACACGGAAGAAUUGAGACAGAAGUACAAGGAUUAUGUUGACAAAGAGAAGGCAAUUGCCAAAGCCUUGGAAGACCUCAGAGCCAACUUUUACUGUGAACUCUGUGAUAAACAAUACCAGAAACAUCAGGAAUUUGACAACCAUAUAAACUCCUAUGAUCAUGCACACAAGCAGAGAUUGAAAGAUCUCAAGCAGAGAGAGUUUGCUCGAAAUGUCUCUUCAAGAUCCCGCAAGGAUGAGAAGAAACAGGAAAAAGCCCUUCGGCGGCUCCAUGAGUUGGCAGAGCAAAGAAAACAAGCUGAAUGUGCACCUGGAAGUGGUCCCAUGUUCAGACCAACCACAGUGGCUGUAGAUGAAGAAGGUGGAGAUGAUGAUAAAGAUGAAUCAGCUACAAACAGUGGCACAAGUGCCACUGCCACUUGUGGCCUGGGAUCUGAACUCUCCACAGAUAAAGGAGGCCCUUUCACUGCCGUACAAACCACAAAUGCUACUGGACUGGCACAGGCACCUGGAUUAGCCUCCCAAAGCAUCAGCUUUGGCAUUAAGAAUAACCUGGGGACCCCAUUGCAAAAACUGGGAGUGUCAUUUUCCUUUGCCAAGAAGACUCCUGUGAAACUCGAAUCAAUAGCAUCAGUUUUCAAGGACCAUGCAGAGGAAGGGACUUCUGAGGAUGGAACAAAAGCUGAUGAGAAGGCUUCUGACCAAGGACUACAGAAGGUGGGAGACUCUGAUGGUAGCAGUAAUCUUGAUGGUAAAAAAGAGGAUGAAGACCCUCAGGAUGGAGGAUCCCUUGCCUCAACAUUAUCUAAAUUAAAAAGAAUGAAGCGAGAAGAAGGAUCUGGGGCUACAGAGCCAGAAUAUUACCACUACAUCCCCCCAGCACACUGCAAAGUAAAACCAAAUUUUCCCUUCCUUCUCUUUAUGCGAGCCAGUGAACAAAUGGAAGGUGAUAGUAGUACACACCCAAAGAAUGCCCUUGAAAGUAAAAAAAGCGGCUCUCCCAAGCCUAAAGGCUGCAUCAAGGUGGCAGCAAGUCAAGGAGAAGAAAAGAAAGGUAGUGAAGGCUCUGAGCAGCAGACAGAAACCAGUGUGGCUGAGCCCACAGAGCCUGAAAGUAAAGCUGACACAAAGGCCUCAGGAGAGGAUGGAAGUGAGCAGAGUUUAGAGAGUCAGAGUCAGAAGCCUUCAGAGAGCCAAAUGUAUGAGUCUCACCCUUCUAAAGAAACCACUCAGGCCACCCCAGCAGGGAAGGAGAACCAGGAAGGACCCAAACAUCCUACUGGUCCUUUCUUCCCGGUUUUGAGCAAAGAUGAAAGCACUGCCCUCCAGUGGCCAUCAGAACUAUUAAUUUUCACCAAGGCAGAACCUUCCAUUUCAUAUAGUUGUAACCCUUUAUACUUUGACUUUAAACUUUCAAGGAACAAAGAUGCCAGAGCUAAAGGGACAGAAAAACCAAAGGACAUAGGAGGCUUCUCAAAGGCCCAUCUCCAAGGCCUUGAUCCUGGUGAGCCAAAUAAAAGCAGAGACGGGGGGGAGGAUGUAGAACAUUGCUCUGGAGGCAGAAUGGAUGCGGCUACUUCAGGAUCUGCCUGUAGUAGCCUGAAUAAGCCAGAGCUUGGGGGCAGCAAUGGGUCAGAGACAGAAGACACGGGGAGAAGCCUUCCCAGCAAGAAAGAACGAUCUGGGAAGUCCCACCGACACAAGAAGAAAAAGAAGCACAAAAAAUCCAGCAAACACAAACGGAAACAUAAGGCUGACCCAGAGGAGAAAACCUCUAAGGCAGAGUCCGGGGAGAAGUCUAAGAAGCGCAAGAAACGGAAACGAAAGAAGAAUAGGUCAUCAGCACCUGCAGAUUCUGAACGGGGACCCAAACCAGAACCCCCUGGGAGUGGUAGUCCUGCACCACCCCGGCGGCGGCGGCGAGCUCAAGAUGACUCGCAGCGGAGAUCCCUGCCAGCAGAGGAAGGGAGCAGUGGCAAGAAAGAUGAAGGUGGAGGUGGUGGCAGCUCCCAAGAUCAUGGUGGGAGGAAACACAGAGGUGAACCUCCAGCUUCAUCUUGCCAGCGAAGAGCUAGCACCAAACGGAGCAGCCGGUCCAGCCAUCGGAGUCAACCUAGUAGUGGAGAUGAAGAUAGUGAUGAUGCUUCAUCACGCCGGCUGCACCCAAAAUCUCCAUCCCAGUACAGUGAGGAGGAAGAGGAGGAGGAGGAAGACUCUGGCAGCGAGCUUUCCCGUAGCCGCUCACGGUCUGGCCGGCACCAUUCCUCACACCGUUCUUCCCGGCGGUCUUACUCAAGUAGCUCAGAUGCUUCUUCAGACCAGAGCUGCUAUAGUAGACAGCGGAGUUACUCUGAUGACAGCUACAGUGACUACAGUGAUCGGUCACGAAGACACUCCAAGCGCUCCCACGAUUCUGAUGACUCAGACUACGCCAGCUCCAAGCACCGGUCCAAACGGCACAAAUACUCAUCUUCUGAUGAUGACUACAGCCUCAGUUGCAGCCAGUCCCGAAGCCGGUCUCGGAGUCACACCAGGGAGCGCUCAAGAUCCCGGGGCCGCAGCCGCAGCAGCAGUUGUAGUCGCAGCCGGAGCAAACGGAGAAGCCGCAGCACCACAGCCCACAGCUGGCAGCGGAGCCGGAGCUAUAGCCGGGACCAUAGCCGCAGCACCAGGAGCCCUUCCCAGAGGUCAGGUUCCAGGAAGGGAUCAUGGGGUCACGAGAGCCCUGAGGAGAGGCGCUCUGGUCGUCGAGACUUCAUUCACUCUAAAAUCUACCGCUCCCAGUCUCCCCACUAUUUCCGAUCAGGCCGGGGAGAAGGUCCUGGGAAGAAAGAAGAUGGCAGGGGCAAUGAUGAUAAAGGCACAGGUCCACCCUCCCAGAACAGCCACAUUGGUGCAGGAAGGGUGUCAGAAAGUGACUGCAGCCCUGAAGACAAGAACUCUGUCACUGCCAAAUUGCUACUAGAGAAGAUCCAGUCCCGGAAAGUGGAGCGGAAACCCAGUGUGAGUGAGGAGGUGCUGGCCACCCCUAAUAAAGCUGCACUCAAGCUCAAGGACCCCCCACAAGGUUACUUUGGGCCCAAGCUCCCCCCUUCUCUUGGUAGUAAGCCUGUACUUCCACUGAUAGGGAAGCUCCCAGCUACCCGAAAGCCCAACACCAGGAAAUGUGAAGAAUCUGGCUUAGAAAGAGGGGAGGAGCAAGAACAGUCAGAGACAGAAGAAGGGCCUCCAGGAAAUAGUGAUGCUCCAUUUGGACAUCACUUCCCUUCAGAGGAAACAGCUGGCCCCUUAUCAGACCCACCCCCAGAAGAGCCAAAGUCUGAAGAAGCUACUGCUGAUCAUCACCCUGUGGCUCCACUAGGCACCCCAUUGCACUCUGACUGCUAUCCUGGGGACCCAACCAUCUCCCAUAACUACCUCCCUGACCCUAGUGACGGGGACACCCUAGAAUCCUUGGAUAGUGGCAGUCAGCCAGGCCCAGUAGAAUCCAGCUUGCUGCCUAUAGCGCCAGACCUUGAGCACUUCCCUAGUUACGCACCUCCCAGUGGCGAGCCUAGUAUUGAGUCAGCUGAUGGGGCUGAGGAUGCUUCCCUGGCCCCCCUGGAGAGCCAGCCCAUCACCUUCACCCCCGAGGAGAUGGAGAAGUACAGCAAGCUCCAGCAGGCUGCUCAGCAGCACAUCCAGCAGCAGCUUCUGGCCAAGCAAGUGAAGGCCUUCCCAGCCUCGGCUGCCCUGGCCCCAGCCACUCCAGCCCUGCAGCCCAUCCACAUUCAGCAGCCAGCCACUGCCUCGGCCACCUCCAUCACAACUGUUCAGCACGCCAUCCUACAGCAUCAUGCCGCAGCAGCUGCCGCCGCCAUCGGCAUCCACCCCCACCCUCAUCCCCAGCCACUUGCCCAAGUGCAUCAUAUUCCCCAACCCCACCUGACCCCCAUCUCCUUGUCUCACCUCACUCACUCAAUCAUCCCUGGCCACCCUGCCACCUUCCUCGCUAGCCAUCCCAUCCAUAUCAUUCCUGCCUCAGCCAUCCAUCCUGGGCCCUUCACCUUCCACCCGGUCCCACAUGCUGCCCUCUACCCCACCCUCCUUGCCCCACGGCCUGCUGCAGCAGCUGCCACUGCCCUCCACCUCCAUCCCCUGCUUCACCCCAUCUUCUCAGGUCAGGACCUGCAGCACCCCCCCAGCCAUGGCACAUGAGUUGGGGGAUGGCAGCUCAGGUAGGGCCAGGGAAGGUGACCUAUAAAUCUUCCCUCGGAGGUGUUGAGCCAUUAAUACCAGCAAGUAGAAGCUGGGAUGGGCAGUGUCUGACAGCCAAAGAAUUGAGUUUUGGCUUGCAGGGGUGGUUUUAGAUUUGCGGUUUGCUUUGGGUUUACUAUCAGGGAUUUUUUUCUCUCCCCGUUCUGUCUGUCCCUCUCCUAUGUUUCUAAGCUAGGGAACACCAGUAAGUGCUACCUACCCCUCUGUGGCAACAUCUCCAAGCUGUCAAGUUGAGAUAACUACCCUCCUCCCUCUACUUUUUAAUCAUUCUCCCUUCUAUACACUUUAAAACAUACUCCUCCUCUCUGGCCAGUGGGUUGUCCACCUGGUCCUACCUUCUCAGUGUCUUGACCAUCCCUUGGUGACCUUAUGUUAUCCCGGGUGAGGUAGAAAGGGAGUCUGACCUGGAACCAGAUGCUAUUCAGGCUGUUCUUCAACCCGCUUCCCACACAGAGAGCCACACAUUGGGCACUGUUGUCCUUAUGUCCCUCAUCCCAGAACAACUACCUGCUUAUCCCAGGAAAGAAGAUGCUAUCAUGAAUAGAAGCUGCAUGGAACAUAGAAUUGCCCGUGUGCUUCCCCAGAGAGGAGCUCGUGUCUGAAGGGUGUAUUUUCUUCUGUCAUGUUGACGUUUCUUUCUUAAUUUAUAGGAUUUUUUAAUGUAAAAAAAAAAAUUGCACUGAACUCUAUAAAACGUAAAUGCUGCUUUUUGUAGCUCAUAUAAAAAAGGUUCCAUAUUUGUAGUAUACUGCAAUAAUAUUUUUUACAUCCAGCUCUUUAAGUGAUCCUUGUUCUGGUGGCUUUGUGUAAAUAUGUUUGCCCUAGUUGAAUUAAGAAACUUUAAAGGUUAUGAAAUGAAAACAAAAAAUAAAGUAUUUGUUUUCUGCUAGAUGCAAAAAUGACUAAGCAUGUAUAUUUUAUCAAGCUCAUGUAUUUUUUGAAGUUAUGAACUAUAAAAAUGUUAAAGGAACAUUGUUUAGUGUUUCUUUGCUGGGACAAAAUGUUCAGUAAUUUGCAGUAAGUGGUGCCACCAGCGCUGGGAUUUUUGAAGUAGUGGGCAGCAGUCAGCUGGGGGUAUCAGAGGGACACUCAGUCAUGACAGUCUCCCUCGUGUGCUUUGCUGUUUUGUACAGAGAAACAGGUGGGCCCCUCAGAGAUUGGAGAGCUUUACUCCCUGGAAGCAGUGAGAUGUAGAGUGAUUCUCGAGGAUUCCAGGGUUUUCUGGGCGCCUUGUUCCAGGCAGUCCAUUUGCCUUCUUAGUACUUAGCCCCCUUUGACAAUUUUUUUUUUUAUGUGCCCUUUGGGUUGGCUAGAAAUUGAAGUAGAAGCAGACUGGAGGGUAAUAGAAUUGGGGGUUUUCUUCCUCCUCUUUGGGAGGUAAGCACAUUUAUAGAUACUGCAAAUUCUUUUGCUUCAUAAUUCCCAUGCUUUCUGCCCAGCUUAGUUUGAGUGAUAAAGAUUCCUUUUUUCUUUCUUCCAUGACACCUGCUAGAGGAAGGACCACCUCACCACCUACUCUCUUGCCUUUCACCAGGCUCUAAGACCUAAUUAACACAAUGACCCAAAGGUGUUUAUAUUGCAAGUCUCAUCUUUGGUAUAGUUAGUUCCCUGUGGCAUUGCCCUACCUAUUUCUGUGUCUAAAAUUGGUUGGGUGUUCACCUGACAGGAAAAACAAACCCUACGUUCCUUGGCUAAGGCUGUGUUCUACCUUCUCGAAUUCCCAAAAGAAAAAGAUCUUGAGUUCAUGAGAAGCAAGUGCUGGGCAAACAAGGCUCUUAACUGAGCCUCCUACCUGUUCAGUCUCCUCAUCUGUACCAGAAGCAUCAAAUUUUGAUAACUAGCACUGGAAAAGUGAAAUCAUCUGAAGUGAAGGGACUUGUUUUUCUUGCUUUCAGCUCAUGUAAAUAUUUAAAUAAUACAGUAUUAACAUUUUUGUGCUGCUUCCCAUUAGCUUGUAGAUUGAGCCAUACUCUGGCUGCCUCUGCCUUACUGGGGGCAGUUUUCUUUAACUUGCAGAAUAGUGAUUUUAACACUCAAAAAAAUGGAAAAACAAAAUAACCUAUCCUUACUUACAAGCAUAACAGAUUGUAUUUAACUUUAUCACAUAUGAUAGAGAGAUAUAUGCUGUAAAAUUAGGGAAAGGAGCUUUCUAAUAAACCAACGAUUUGUGGAAA